AUUCAACCGAAUAAGAAAAAGCUGGUGUUUUCUGGAGCGGCGAUAGAAACGACUGAUUGGUAACGUUAGUGAAUUUGGUUUAUUAGCUUUUGUCCCACGAAACAAACAGUCAUCAUAACCCAACGCAGAUUAUACAAAUUAGCGCAAAAGAGGGAGAACAAUGUCAGAAACGGAUCCAAAAUCUGUACAAAACCUGACCGCCGUGGUUCAGACGCUGCUCCAGCAGAUGCAGGACAAGUUCCAGACCAUGUCGGACCAGAUUAUCGGGAGAAUCGAUGAGAUGAGCACUCGCAUCGAUGACCUGGAGAAGAACAUCGCCGACCUCAUGACCCAGGCGGGCGUGGAGGAGACUGAGGGAGAAAACGCUGUCAAGGAGGGUCAAGGGUCAUCAUGAAGGUGGAAUGAGAAACUUUUCUCAGUCACUGAUGGCAAAGACAUUCAACGAGAGCUACCGAUUUUCCCAGAGUGCUAUACAAGUAGUGUGGUUUUUUAUUUUGGUUUAACGUGUGUGUAAUGUAUUUUUAUAUAUUUACUCUUGUAAUAAUGGCCAGCGAACUGAUGUAUUAACUGUAAAUUGAGUUUUAGUUUUUUGUCCGACUAGGUAUUCUACAGAAGUUUACAAUCUCGGGAAGUCUAAUUACCAACACUGGAGUUGGAACCCAGUGAGACUAACAGCACUAACUAUGCCAAGUGGACACCAUUCCAACCUGCUCCAUUUUGUUCUAAUAAAGCAAUUUCCUACAAAA